AAGAAGGCAAAAGAGGAUGGGUCGUUGGUAGAUGUUCAUAUGAGUUGUUCUCUUCUACCAAAGCCUCCAACAUUCAAACGCAUACACAAAAAGUUAAAAUGAUCAAGAUUUCCUCAAAAGCAUCAUACCCAUCUUUAUUUGUAUCAUAGAUUCUCCCUCCUAGUAAUCACCCAUUCUCUAGGGUGGCUGAUCUCUUUGUAUAUUUCUGUUUCUUGAACAAAAGGUCUCUUCUUGACUCGGUUCUUCUUCUAUCAAAAUAUCCCAUUUUCUUUGACUGAGUACGCUGAAGCAAAUUUCUCUUUCUUCUUGGAGGCACAAUCUUCUUGAAGUGAUCGAAUCCUUUACCUUGUUAUAGCAGUACUAUAUUAAAUAAACAUAUUGAAAUUUCAGCCUAUCCACUCUCUUUCCUUUUAUUGCUUGAGAUUUCUUAAGUUUUUUGCUGGCACCAAACUGCCAGUUGUCUAUUUCUCUGUGUUGAGUAGCUCUAGUGUUCACUGAUUGGAAAAGUUUGAUUUAGCUGUGCAAAGCUGCAUGUGGUGGACGAAUACAUUCAAAUUUAGUAAAGGAGUUGAUGGUGAAUAUCUUAGAAAUUGAGCAUCUUCGGCUUAUUGAUAUGUUUUGUAGGAAACAAUAGUUCUGGAUUGAUACUCGGAGUUGGUUUGUUGGGAAUGGAGCACAUUCCUGUUGAAGUAAUUGGUAAUAUAUUAUCUGGGCUGGGAGGUGCCAGAGAUGUUUUGAUAGCAUCUGCGACAUGUCGAAAGUGGCGAGAAGCUUGCCGCAAACACCUUCACACACUUUCAUUCAAUUCCAAUGAUUGGCCUGUCUAUCGUGAUCUGACAACUAGUCAGCUGGAAAUAUUGAUAACACAAACUAUUUUUCAAACCUCUGGGUUGCAAGGCCUGUCAAUUUUGAUGGAUGAUGUUGAUGAGUUCUCAGCUUCAACUGUUAUUGCUUGGCUCAUGUAUACCAGAGAAACUUUACGGGGGUUGUUCUAUAAUGUUCGGACUACUCCAAAUGUUAAUAUUCUUGAGAUUUGUGGGAGGCAGAAGCUUGAAAUGUUGAAAUUGUCCCAUAACUUGAUAGCAGGGGUUGAACCCAAUUUCCAAAGGUUCCCUUGCUUGAAAUCCCUUUCUUUGAGUCAUGUCAGUAUCUCGGCACUUGAUCUCAGUCUUUUACUCACUGCCUGCCUAAAGAUUGAGACAUUGGAACUUAUCAAUCCAGAGAUUGCAAUGUCUGACGCACAGGUGACAAUUGAACUCAGUAGUCCUACAUUAAAGAGUGUUUAUGUUGAAGCAAUUAGUUUGGACAAGCUUAUAUUGGAGGCAGAUAGUAUCGAGUCUUUGCACUUGAAGGAUUGUGCUCUUGAGCUAUUUGAACUCAUUGGAAAGAGAACUUUGAAGCAUUUCAAGAUUGAUGAUGUUAGUGUUUUACAUCUUGAUAUUAGUGAAACAGUUGAAAAUCUUGAGUUCGUCGAUGUCAGCAACUUCACAAUUAUUUGGCCGAAGUUCUACCAACUAUUCUCAAAAUCAUCAAAGUUGAGGAGGCUUCGUCUUUGGGAUGUGGUCUUUGAUGAUGAGGAUGGUAUUGUGGAUUUGGAAACUAUUGCUAUUUGUUUUCCGCAACUUAGCCAUCUUUCAUUAAGUUAUGACUUAAGAGAUGGGGUACUUCAUUACAGUUUGCAAGGAUCUUCAAACUUGGUGAAUGUGGUUGUCUUGGAGCUUGGAUGGACAGUAAUUAAUGAUCUUUUCUCAUGUUGGGUUGAGGGCCUACUAAAGCGUUGCCCGAAUCUUAGGAAGUUAGUAAUUCAUGGAGUUGUUUCAGAGGCCAAAAGACAAGAAGAAUGUCUGAUGUUGGCUGAUUUCACUUCAUUAAUGGUUCAACUUAUGAGGAAAUACAUGAAUGUAGAUGUGCAAUUUGAGUAUGAAUAGAAAUUCUGUGAUUACUUUGGUCGAUAUUCAAGUUUUGUAUUCAUCAUUUGUAUUAGCACAUAUUCAGGUAAAAAUUACAGCAUUUAGAGAUUGAAUAUCCUUUUUUAUGCCCUGUAAAUGAUCAUUGAAGUCUUCUUUUAUCAUUGAAAUAUUACUUCAGCAAAAGAAACAUGUUCUCUAA